AUGAUUGUCUCUGAUAAUGGAACACAGUUUGUAUCCUGUGAAUUUAAAAGAUUCUGUGAGAUGUUCACAUUAGAACAUAAAACUAUAGCACUGUACCACCCUAGAUUGAACGGAAGGGCUGAACAGUUCAUGGACACUUUUAAGAGAGCUUUAAAGAAAGCUAAUAAGGUCAUAAUCCAACAAUUCUUAAGGGUAUACAGGGUAACUCUGAACCCAAAUGCACCAGAAGGAAGUUCACCAGCAGAAUUAAUGUUGACCAGAAAGGUGAAGUCAGUAUUCAAUAAACUAUUACCAGUAAAGUAA